AUGCCGAGGUCCUUCCUAGUGAAGAGCAAGAAAGCGCACAGCUACCACCAGCCCCGCUCCGCUGACGAGGACUACAGCCUGCGGCUGGAGACGGUGCUAGCCCAGAUCUGUGCAGACAGCAAGAUCCCCGAGGAUCCGGGGCUGUGCCGCACCGUCCUGCCCGAGCCGGAGCCUUCCCAAGGGCGCUUCUCCCCGGAAUCCCACCUUACCGAGGCUGCCGAUGGCACCUCCGAGUCAGCGCCCAGCUGCGAGGGCAGCGUCUGUGACAGGGUGUCCGAAUUUGAGGAUUUCUGGAGACCUCCCUCGCCCUCCGUCUCGCCAGCCUCGGAGCGAUCCGUGUGUCCGUCCCUAGAUGAAGCACCCCCCUUCUCAGUGCCCUUCAAACCGUACAUGUGGAACAGCCUGGGUGGCUCCGAGCUGAGGCACCUUGUGCAAAGCUACAGGCCCUGCCCGACACUGCAGCGAACCUCAGCCCUGGGGGUCUUCUGCGAGCAAGGCUCCGAGCCUGCCCUCUACAGUGCAGAGUGUAGCUCCUCCCUCGGACUUUAUGGUGACUUCGGCUCCCGGGGCCAGGGGCUGUUUGAGCGGCCGCAGGCAGCAGCGCCUGGACUCUAUGCUGAGACACAGCCUGGGCUGCAGCAAGAGAAGGGGCCAGGUGGCAUCAAAGUGGAGUCGGACCUCUUGUGCCGCCCAUUGCUUAUCAGCACUGGCUCUUACAAGUGUGUCAAGUGCAGCAAGGUCUUCUCCACGCCGCAUGGCCUUGAGGUACAUGUGCGCCGCUCACACAGUGGCACGAGGCCCUUUGCCUGUGACAUGUGUGGCAAGACCUUCGGCCAUGCAGUCAGCCUGGAGCAGCACAAGGCCGUGCACUCGCAGGAACGCAGCUUUGAUUGUAAGAUUUGUGGCAAGAGUUUUAAGAGAUCUUCUACUUUGUCCACCCACCUGCUCAUCCACUCGGACACCCGGCCCUAUCCGUGCCAGUACUGUGGGAAGCGGUUCCACCAGAAAUCUGAUAUGAAGAAACACACCUUCAUUCACACAGGUGAGAAGCCUCACAAGUGCCAGGUGUGUGGAAAAGCCUUUAGUCAGAGCUCCAACCUUAUCACCCACAGUCGGAAGCACACAGGCUUCAAGCCCUUUGGCUGUGAUCUGUGUGGCAAAGGCUUCCAACGAAAGGUGGAUUUACGGAGACACCGGGAGACACAGCACGGCCUGAAAUGAAUCCAGCUGCAAUACAGAAAGCACCUACAACACUAUGAGAACAGAUGCCCUUGGCUUCCCCGCUGGACCUGAGCCCUGUCUUGAGCACAGGCCCUGGCAUUACUUUUCUGACCAGGAGCUUGGAGAGGAAGGGACAGGGCCAUGCAUGGACAGCUCAACCUGAAUGACUGCAAAAGCGGAAAUUAAAGGCUGGGGUUUCUCUCUUUCUCUCCCCCUCUCUGUUUCUGAAAGAACACUGGAAAAUAAGCCUUUUAGAUAUGAAGCCUGCUGAUACUCCAAAGACAGAUAAGCUACCAAAUAUCUGUAAGCUGGAAAAUGUUUCUCCCAUGGCCAAGAUGAACCCC